AUGGCGGCUGACGCGGAAACGAGGUGGACGACAACCAUCAUCAUCAGCGCCUCGCUGCAGAGCCAUGAAACUAUCAGGAUGCUCCGAGCUCAACAGCACAGAAUCCGACUGUCAGACAGCGUGGAGUGUGGAGCCUUCAUUUUUCCUCUGUCUGGUACCGCAUUCAAGCUGGUGGAGCCCGAAAAUGUUCAAGAUGAGUCAGUCCUCGUAGAGCAAAUCCAGAAGUUUGUGCAGGUCCACCGCAAUAGUUUUGUGCUGCUCUACGCUCCUUUCAACGGGAAAAGACAACUGGACAUGCUCUCACUCAUCCAGCAAAAAUUUUUUGGCACUAAUCUCCGCAUCUUGCCUGUGCGAAACAACGGCGACGUUCUCAAAGGAAUGUUGACCAUUGCAAAGGUCUUGGUCCUGAACCCCGUCAGCUUCGCUGACUUCUGUGCCACGAGCAAGCCUCACGUGGACCGCAUCCGGCACAGGAUGGCCGUGGCCCGGACUCGCAUUGUCGAGAGGAGCCCCGUGUGGGACAUGCUCAGGAAGCUCACCUAA